CACUUGUUGUUAAGUGUCAAAAAAUCCGAUUGACAUUUUGAUAAAUUCGAGUCAAUUUGAAAAUUUCCAAAAACCCUGCAACGAAUAAUAAUUUGCAAUUUUCAAACGACUGUAAAAAGUAUUUCAUAAAUAAAAGCAUCUAAUUUAUUGAAACAAAUUAACCACUUACCAAUGGGUGCAGGAAAUUCUACGCCGCAAACGGCGCACAUCAUCAAUCCAGUGCGUGCCAGCGCCAUACACGUCACACCGAGCGUUAUAAAUCGCCUGGAAAGUGCCAAGCAACAAAUCGCCGAAGUUGCAGUGCCGGCACCAACAAAAGACGAACCCAUACAUUGUGCACGCUGUUGCACCUGCGGCUUCUUCAAGGGCAAAGACAAAGAGGCCAGCUUGUUGGCGAUGAAAUCACAUGAAUUGCAGGAGGCGCAAUAUGUGAAAACUUUGGAGAAAUUAGAAGCCAUGCUGGGCAAACCCGUACGCUUUGCUGAAGUGCACAGCGAGAACCUGAAGAAAUUGGAGCACAAACUGUUGAAAUGCUAUGCCGACAACCCACGCCAGCCGCUGGUGUGCGCCGAUGCAGCGAAGGAAUAUCAGAAUUUCGUUUUUAAGCAGCAAUUCGAUUCUAUACUUAAUGCCAAACGUAUAACAACACAGAAACACUAAUAAACUUGCAUUUUCACUUAAUUAUACACCACUUAAUAACCGAUUUACCGAAUUUAAUUGUUUCGCGACGGAAUAAACGCACUUAUACGCGGAAAUCACAGUUUUAGGCGCGAGCAACUGACUUUUCUAGCUUAUGCGAUGACGGAUGUGAAAGGUGCAGUGGCAAUCAAACUGUGCUGUGCUUUAUUUACCAAAGCUGUCAAUAUGUAAAGUUUGGUCAAUUCAAUUGUGGUUUAUGACAUCAAUUUUAUUGCACAAUAUUUUUGAAAUUAAAUAUUUGAUUUAAUUU